AUGCAAAUUCGCCUACAGCAUCGCAGGAGAUCUCAAGGUAAGCGACCCCCAGGUAAGCUGAAUAUUGCUUUGUUGUCUUUGCCUGUCCACCGUCUUCAUUUCAACAAUGAACUAGCUCAAUGUCUAGCCAGUCUUCCAGUCGCCGCCGCCGCUGUUGACGAGAACGCCUCCACGGAGAACCGAUGGUAUCAACUGCGGUACACAGUCCGGUCGACGGCGCUGGCCGUCCUCGGUUACGCACGACGUCAACACGAGGACUGGUUCGAUGACAACGACGCCGCUUUCAGGAACCUGUUCGCCGAGAAGAACCGCCUGCACAAAGCCUACGGCACCCGCCCCACCGACGAAAUUGAAGCAGCCAUCUACCGUAGUCACCGUCUUGCACACCAGCAGCUGCGAGAGAUGCAGGGCGCCUGGAGGGCUCGAAAGGCCGAGGAGAUCCAAGGUUACGCGGACCGCAACAAACGGAAGAAUUUCUUAUCCGCGAUUAAGGCUGUCUACUGUCCGCCAAGGAAAAAACUGAUCCUCUUAUCAGCGCCGACGGUAGCACUCUAUUCACUGAGAAGACAAAAAUUCUUCAAAGAUGAGCCAAGCACCUCAGAUGCGUCCUCAACCGUCCCUCCACCAUCUCUGACGUCGCCAUCGCCCGUCUGUAUCAAGUGA